AUGUUUCGUCUGGCUGCAGGUCUGAUCCGGCUGCGCUCGAGCCCACCACCUCGGCUCCAAGGUGUUGAAUAUGUCCUCAACGUCACCGCCACGGACGAUAACGCCUCCGGCGGACCUCAGGCACUGUCAUCAUCAGCCCAGGUCAUAGUUGGAGUGGACGAUGUGAACAACAACAAGCCUGUCUUUGAGAAGUGUCAGCAGUACCGGGAGAGCACGUCGGUGCUGGAGAACCAGCCGGCGGGGACAUUUGUUCUUCAAGUUCAUGCCAUAGAUGCAGAUGAGGGCACCAACGGCAGGGUCACAUAUGGCUUCAUGCACAAAGACUCCACCGUGCCUGCAUUCAGCAUCCACCCAGACACUGGAGUUAUUGUGACGGCAAAGAAAUUCGACCGUGAACGCCAGCGUGAGUACGCGGUAACGGUCACAGCCACCGACCAAGCCGCUGAUCCCCUGAUUGGUAUUUGUCAGCUCAACAUUCUCAUCUUGGACCAGAACGACAACAGUCCAAAGUUUGAGAACAUCCGAUAUGAAUACUUCCUCCGUGAGGACACCAUGAUUGGAACUAGUUUCUUGCGGGUGGCAGCUCACGAUGACGACUUUGGUACCAACGCGGCCAUCACGUACACAAUGUCCAGUGAACAGCCGGAGUAUCUUAGGGUCAACCCACUGACGGGCUGGGUUUAUGUGAACCAACCCAUUUCACAGAGGACCUACAUCACCAGAGAAAUUGUGGCUACAGAUGGCGGAAACAGGAGCAGCUCAGUGGAGCUUUCAGUCACCAUCACCAACGUUAAAAACCAGCCUCCUCAAUGGGAGAAAGACACUUACAGUGUGGUGAUACCGGAAAAUACGGUUCGAGACACGCCUAUCGUGACCAUCAAAGCCACCUCCCCUCUUGGUGAUCCAAGGGUAACUUAUAAUUUGGAAGACGGUAUGGUACCAGAGACCAACAUGCCUGUUCGCUUCUACUUGACUCCUAACCGAGAGGACGGUUCAGCCUCCAUCCUGGUGGCAGAGCCCCUGGACUAUGAGACGACCAGGAAUUUCAUUCUCCGGGUCCGCGCCCAAAAUGUAGCUGCCGUCCCAUUGGCUGCCUUCACCACGGUCUAUGUCAAUGUUACCGACGUAAACGACAAUGUCCCAUUUUUCACUUCCUCCAUCUACGAGGCCUCAGUGACAGAAGGAGCUGAAACAGGAACUCUGGUUUUCCAGGUUUCUUCCAAUGACCUCGACUUGGGUCUUAAUGGCAAGAUUUCUUACUCACUGCUGGAGGAUCGUAGCGGGGACCAUAAAUAUUUCCGCAUCGACCCAGAGCUAGGAUUCAUCUACACGCAAGCCGUGUUUGACCGGGAAACCAAAAGCUCCUACCUUUUGGAGGUUCAGUCCGUCGAUGGCUGGGAGUCAGCACGACCUGGAAAACACGGACUGCCCAACUCAGACACAGCGUAUGUCCGUGUUUUCAUCAGCGACGUGAACGAUAACAAGCCCGUGUUUGCACAGACGUCCUACGAAGUCGACGUGGACGAGGAUGCGGAUGUGGGCUUCGCCAUUCUCACUGUCAGUGCGAAUGACGGGGACGAAGGUGGAAAUGCCAAGCUGCGCUACCAGAUCACGUCGGGAAACACAGGAGGGGUGUUUGAUGUGGAGCCAGAGGUGGGCACAAUCUUCAUUGCUCAGCCUCUGGACUAUGAGCUGAAUAAAAGGUACAAGCUUCAUGUGCUGGCAUCAGAUGGGAAGUGGGAAGAUUACACAACAGUGACGGUAAACGUGGUUAACAAGAACGACGAGGCUCCGGUGUUCACCGUUAACGAGUACUAUGGCAGCGUGACAGAGGAACUGGAUGGUUCGCCGGUGUUUGUCUUGCAGGUGACGGCGUCGGACCCAGAUAAGGAUGCUGACCAGGAGGCCCUGCGUUACUCCCUCCAUGGCCAGGGCGCCGACAGCGAAUUCAUAAUCGAUGAAGUCACAGGAAAGAUCUACGCUCAGCGGACCCUUAACCGCGAGGAGCGUGCCGUUUGGCGUUUCGUCGUCCUGGCUACGGACGAAGGCGGCGAAGGCCUGACGGGCUUCACGGACGUUAUCAUCAACGUUUGGGACAUCAACGAUAACGCUCCCAUCUUCACUUGCGGCGUCAGCUGCCACGGAGAUGUAGCAGAGAACUCAGUAACGGGGACGUCCGUUAUGGAGAUGACAGCCACCGACCUGGACGACGCGGCCGUGGGACAGAACGCCGUGCUCUCUUACAGGAUCGUGGGCAGUUUAGACGCCACCAACGCUGAAAUAGGCGGAGUCCCCACCUUCUCGGAAAUGUUCGCCAUAAACCCCACCACGGGGACAGUCACCGUGGGCAUGGGGGGUCUGGACAGGGAACAGAUUGAGUCGUACCUUCUGGUUGUGGAGGCCAGAGAUGGAGGAGGGAUGACAGGAACCGGAACGGCGACCAUUCAGAUCAAGGACGUGAAUGACCACGCUCCGAGAUUUACUGAUCACUCCUGCCUUGCGAGGAUAUCUGAGAACGCAGAGGCUAAUUCAGAGGUCCUUGAACUUACUGCAGAAGACAAAGAUACAGGGGAAAAUGCACAACUGACCUUUAGCGUUGUGGCUGGAGACCAAGAGCAGAAGUUCUAUAUGGUCAGUCACAAGCUGGAGCAGCGCGGCGUCUUGAAGCUUAAGAAACGUUUGGACUAUGAACGACACAGUGAGCAGAGGUUCAAUCUCACACUAAAGGUGGAAGAUCUGGACUUCUCAAGCCUUCUGCACUGCGUAGUAGAGGUCGAGGACUAUAAUGAUCACGCUCCAGUCUUCAUUCCGCACUUUCUGUCACUGGCCCCACUUCCCGAGGACAUCAGUGUGGGAACUAGCGUGGCACAUUUGGUAGCCAGCGACUCAGAUUCAGGCCAAAACCGCGACAUUACCUACAGCAUAUCAGAAGACUCGGAUGCCGAGGGCUUGUUUACCAUCGACCAGGCCGGUGUGCUCUCGGUAGCCCGGCCACUGGAUCGAGAGAAAGUACCCCAGCAUCACUUGGUUAUAAUGGCGACUGAUCAUGGAAUUCCACCUUUAACAGGCAGUGCAACAGUUCAACUGCCUCUGUUGGAUGUAAACGAUAAUGGACCAGAGUUUGAGGCAGCAUAUUCCCCAAUAGUCUUUGAGAAUGUGGCUGGACCACAGGUCUUAAAGUUGAACCAAACAUCCACCCUCCUUCGAGCCGUGGACCAGGAUUCCCCUGAAAAUGGCCCUCCCUUUCACUUUACUGUACCUCCCGAUUAUCGCCACAGUAACGAUUUCCACAUUCAGGACAACUUGAACGGCACCGCAACACUAACAGCUCUGAGGACCUUCGACCGUGAGCGCCAGAAAGAGUUUCUCCUUCCGAUCAUCAUGAGUGACAGUGGGCGAAUGCCAACAACGGUGCUUGGAAAGGUCUAUUCUCCUGACCCUGAUGACUGGGACAACAAGACCUAUGUUUUUGAGGGACAUGUGCCAAGUUACUUCAUCCUCAACAAGCGAACAGGGUUCUUAAUCAUCAAGGAGAACGCCCCGCCCGGCACCUAUCAGUUUCAGGUCCGUGUUUCAGAUGGCAUUUGGGCCGAUGCCAUCUCCACUGUUACCGUGCACGUAAGGGAGCUGCGAGAUGAUGCCAUUUACAAUUCAGGGUCCAUUCGUCUGGCAGGUAAGACUGACUCUGAUAACUCACACUCACUACCAGCUCCGGUUUAA